UAGAACGUGUUUUCUGGGAAAAACAAAGCAGUGUGUGAUUGUUAGACCGGUUCCAUGCCUUGUUGUUAUCUGUUAACACCUCAACACAAUUUUGCAGAAUAUGGCCCAGGGAAAGGGAUCAACCAAUAUCUUCUCUUUCAAAGAUGAAAGAUGCAGCCCUGAUCCAGUGUUUGACUACUCGGCCACACUAUAUGACAACAAUGUACCUCUGGUCAUAGACAAUGGAUCCUACCAGUGUCGGGCAGGCUGGGCAACAGCCAAGAAACACCAGCCACAAUUAACCUUCAAAAACAUCACUGCCAAACAACGAGGCAAAAAGGAGUCUGACUUGCAGGUUGGGAAUGAGAUUAACAACAUUGAGGUUGUUCGCUGGAUUCUCCGAACACAAUUCGAUAGGAAUGUUGUAACUCUCUACGAUGUCCAGGAACAGAUUUUUGACUACAUAUUUACCCAUAUGGGUAUUAACACAGAGAGUGCUGUGGAACAUCCUAUUUUGAUGACUGAGCCCGUAUGUAACCCUAACUACUGUCGCCAACAGAUGUCAGAACUCCUGUUUGAGUGCUACCAUGUACCACGUGUAGCCUACGGUGUAGACUCCAUGUUUAGUCUCUAUCAGAAUCAGCCAAAACUAGACGGAGGUGGUGCUCUGGUGGUUGACUGUGGUUAUCAGGCCACACACAUCCUGCCAGUGGUCGGGGGACGCAUGGACAGUGCCACCUGUCGUCGUAUCAACGUGGGUGGAGCUCAACUGGAUGGAUUCAUGCAGCGUCUUUUACAGCUGAAAUACCCUGGUCACUAUGCUUCAGUUACACUCAGUAGAGCAGAGGAGUUGGUAAGAGACCAUUGUUACUUGGCUGCAGAUUAUGCGACAGAUUUGGACAACUGGGUCUCAAACGACUACUAUGAUGACAAUGUGCACAAAAUACAGCUGCCUUAUGUCAGUGCUCCAGGAAGCCAGCAGACAGUUUCUGCCAAACAGGCCAAGGAACGCCGGGACCAGCAGAUCCGCAGACUAAAGGAAGUCAAUGCCAAGAAACGUGCGGAGAGGGUAGGUAGAAAUCAUCCUAGAGAGGGAAUGUCAGAAAUCAUCCUAGAGAGGGAAUGUCAGAAAUCAUCCUUGAGAGGGUAGGUCAGACAUCAUCCUAGAGAGGGAAUGUCAGAAAUCAUCCUAG